AUGAGCAGUUUUCUGUACUUCGUCCUCCCAGCUCUGGGUGGAUACACUCUUACCUCGUUGUACCUGCUGAAGAACCCCCACGUUCUCCACAAGAGGAAGCGCACAGCUUUUUACAGCACACACGUCUCACACAGAGGAGGAUGUGGAGAGAGGAUAGAGAGCACGAUGGAGGCCUUCACACAUGCGGUGGAGCAGGGCACACAGAUGCUGGAGAUGGACUGUCGCUUGACGCGUGACGGACAUGUGGUGGUGUCACAUGAUGAGAACCUGCUGAGGCAGACCGGUCACGACGUCACCACCUCCGCACUCAAUCUACAGGAUAUGCCUCUGUAUAAAGAGAGACUGGAGGUGACAUUUUAUGCAGGUCGCUACAGCAGCGGUGCAGACAGGAAGUUUGCUCUGCUGGAGGAUGUGUUCAGGAAGUUCCCUGAGUUGCCUGUCAGCAUUGAGAUCAAAGAGAACAACAACCCGCUGAUCGCAAAGGUGUCAGACUUGGUUAGACGCUACAACCGAGAGGAGAUCACAGUCUGGGCCUCCGUGAACUCCAGCGUCAUGAAGGAAUGCCGCAGAACGAACGACUCCAUGCCGUACAGUUUCACUAUGAAGAGAGGAGUGCUGCUUCUGCUUCUCUUCUACAGCGGCCUGCUGCCCUUUGUGCCACUGGGAGAGAGUUUACUGCAGUUCUACCUGCCACGCAUCAUUAACAGGACGUUCAUUCCUCAGAAGCGCAUCCUGAGGAACAUGCUGGUCGUCUCUUUGUUAGAAAAAUUAACAAUGAGGAAGAGUCUUUUUAAUCACCUCGCAGCCCGUGGACUUCAGGUGCAUUUGUUUGUGUGCAAUGAAGAUGAAGACAUAAAGGCUGCAUUUGAAGUCGGGGCCACCGGGGUGAUGAGUGACUACCCAGCUCUUUUGUCAAGCUACCUCUGCAGAAACAGAAGUCAGGAUUGACCCAAGCACACCCUCACAUGACAACAAUAAAUAACAGAUUUCUGUGAAGGAGAAGUAAAUACAAGAAGUGUGAGACACAUUUCUUGCACAGGAUUAGUCGAGGAGUUGUUGGUCUAACUGUUAAACACCAUGCAGUGGGAACAAAACUGUCAUUCAACUCUUUAAUCUCAAUCCUUAAUCACUGUUGAUAGAAUUAUCUGCAAGCGGGUCAUUUCUCUGGCCUCCACCUACAGUCAGAGCCCAGAGUUUAAAGAAACAGUCAGGGAUUUUUCUCAGCAACAAAUCAAUAUUAGUGCAAACAAUCAUGUAUAUUUGAGUGGAAGAACUACUUAUAGACAUUUUGUAUUAGUGUGUGUUCAGUGCAUGUGUGAAAGUGUGUCAUUCCCAUGCAGUUCCUCACAUUGGGUUCCCUCCCGACCCUCUGGGAGGAAAUAUGUAUUGAAGUUGGUUUCCAAGAAAUACUAGAGGAAGUGUGGUUCUUUUAGGCCUCCUUGGGGUUUUCUUUGGGAACAUUUUAUUUGAAAGUUUUCACAACAGUACAAUUUAUUCCAAGUAAAAACUCAACACUACAUUACACUGGAAACGGAAAACAAGGAGGUAAUAAUAAUAAUAUUGAUCAUGGAGAGAUGAAGAAUGUAUUAGGAUUAAACAGACUGCAUGUAUUACCGUUCUCUUAUUGGUACUACAAAUAUAUCCAUGUAAGUGGGUACAGUGUUAUUAGUGUGGUAUUUAGGCUGUAUUAUGCAUCUGUGUUAAAUACAGUCACAAUACAGGCACAUUUAAACGGAGGGUUUUAUGUGUAGUUAGCCUCACCUGUGUCCUUGUUUCCACAGGCUACGGUCAAAGUCCGGCUUCACCGCUGUGAUAAUAAUCAACCAAUCUGUUGGUGAAACAAAGGCUGUAUUUUUCUGACCUGCUUUGCUGUGUGACAAGUGAGGUAUUGGAGUAUAAGUGGAUCAGAAUGAGCAAAGGUUUGAAUAAGUGACCCAGUACAGAAAUAAGGCUCAUGUGCUCAAACAACUGUACUCAGAGGGCAUUUCACCAGCAAUGUUGUUGGUAGUCUAGAGGGUUUAUUGACAUGUUGGGACUAGAUAUCUUGUGUUUUUAAUUAAAACAUUUUUUUAAAACCUUACCAAUGAUGGCUUUUCAACAAUUAAUCUGCAAUUGUGAUAAUCGAAAAAUAUUAUAA